AUGAGCGGAUGCGUCAGGUGUGAUGGUGCAAAGCACUACCUUUCCCUCUGUCUCAAAAGACUACAGGAAGUGAAGGAGACAUCAGCGGGAGCAUGUCAGCAAAGAAGCUCCAAUACGGUGCCGCUGUCCAAACGGGGACGGCGUAAAAUCAGGAAAACGCUCAACAAGAGCAAAGCGCAGCUAACAAAGAGCGCAGAACCCGAAGAAGUUUUGCAGGCGGAAACUCAGAACUACGGCGAUGCUCUCAAUGAUGGAGAGCUGUCCCGUUACUUCGUAUCGGGUUGGGCCCGGAUAGUCGAUGCAAAGACAGGGGAAUUGCAGAUGGUCCAAAUCCUGUUAGACACAGGCACCGACAGGUCUUUCAUUCAAAAAAAAGGUUGGAAAAAGGCGGACAAGCUUGAGCUACCUUUAGCCAAUGCUAUAGAGCUGUCAGUACACAUUUCGGAGCAAAGACUCCCAGGAGGGAUAAGUAUGAUGUCAUCACCUUGA